CCAAGCUCUUUCCCACUAAGUACUUCUACCAAAUCUCCAUUGAUGGAUGCCAUCCCACAAGCCCAAUUGGCCCUGAUUGAGUGCCCUACAGGAACGAUUCCAAUAUUACGCAAAAAUAGAAAGGUCCACAUGCCAGUAGAAACUAUUGGUAAAGUGAUUAGCCAGGAUGAACAUGAGGUUGCAGGAAUAGAAUAUUUUGAUGUGCUAUAUGGGACGCGGGCUAAAAUAAAUGUCUAUAAUCCUAUGGUGAAGAAUAAUAGUAAGUAUCUAAGUGCAUCAUGCAUACAAAUUAGUAAGGUACAAAAAGUAGGUGUUGCAGAUGGGAUAGGGGCCGGUUCUUGGGUGUAUCCAAGCUACAGUGGCGACAACUUUGCUAGGUUUCAUGUUGCUUGGCUUGAUGGCUUAAAGACUUGCCCUGAUCAUGAUUGUGGCGCUUUUGUGCAAGUAAGCUCAAGUGUUGGUCUAGGAGGAAGACUUAAACCAGUUUCUGUCUAUAAUGGACCACAAUACCUCAUAGAUGUUAUUAUUUUCAAGGACCCAAAGACUAAAAAUUGGUGGGUGGCUUAUGGUCCACAAAACGUACAUAUUGGAUACUGGCCAAGGGAAAUUUUCCAUUUCAUGAAGGAUCAAUGAAUUAUGCAUUAUGGGGUGGAUAUGUUCAAGGUCCAACAGCCUCAUCAGACUCUCCACAAAUGGGUAGUGGUCAUUUUGCUUCAGAAGGAUUUGGAA